AUGACCAUGGGGGGUGUAUAUUUUUGUGCAAAUGCAAUUGAAGGUGAAGGAAAACUUGUUCCUAUAGCAUUCGCUAUUGCCUCUGUUGAAAAUUCAGAUAGUUGGAUUUGGUUUUGUUUUAACGAAGUUAUAGAAGAAAUUUCUGAUAUGCAUACUGAAGCUGCAGUUUAUCUUAAUGAGAUACCUCCUGAGAUAUAG